UUCAAACUUUGGGAGUGUCCACGCACGCUCAUUCCUCUUACAACUUCUACAGAGCAACAGUUUGUCAACGAGCCAACCACAACAGCGUUCUGCUGUCAACCAACCUGACUUCCACAAUCACACUGGUCUCAUUGAUCUUUUGUCAUGACGAGGGCUUCAACAUCAGUGGCAGCGGAGCAAUCACAGUACCAGACUGCUUCUCGGAUUUCCAACCCAGACUUGGACACGUUCUGAAGGCCAUCGUGACUAAGUGAAACCUAAGUCAUGAUGAUUCUCAAAAUGCCUAGAUUCAAAAAAUACCAACUACGGCUAAUACCAGUGUGCUUUAGCGCUUUACUGUUCAUGGUGUACUGGGAAAAAAUUGACAAUAACGUCGUAAGCCACGUAGUGUCUUUCUCUUACCGCCACCUUCUCAACAGCUUCACGUUCAUUAACGCAAGCUUAAGAGUCAAUCCUGAAGACGCUCUAAAGUACAGAUACCUCAUAAACCAUGAGAGGAAGUGUGAUAAGAAAGACAUUCUGCUCCUGCUCUUUGUGAAAAGCUCUUCCGAGAACUUUGAAAGAAGACAGGCCAUUCGCUCUACUUGGGGAAAUGAGACGUACAUUGAGAAAACGCUGGGUGUCACUGUGAGGGUGCUGUUUGCUCUCGGCCUCCAUCCCGAACCAGAGUACAGAAGCAAACUUAAGGAGCAGCUGUUCUUUGAGGACCAAAGAUAUCAUGACCUCAUCCAGCAGGACUUUAAAGACACCUUCCACAACCUCACUCUGAAGCUCCUUUUGCAGCUUGGCUGGAAAGAAAACUUCUGCCACCACUCCCAGUUCCUCAUGUCUGCAGACGACGACGUCUUUGUCCACAUUCCCAACUUAAUUCGCUACUUGCAAGGGAUCGGCCGCAAAGACCUUUGGAUAGGAAGGGUACACCGCGGUUCGCCACCCGUUCGAGAUAAAGAGAGCAAAUACUACGUGUCCCGAGACAUGUACCCGUGGGUGUCUUACCCAGAUUACACCCCUGGAUCAGGGUAUGUCCUUUCCAGAGAUGUAGCUACCAGAAUCUAUCAAGCGUCACUCACCAUAAACUCUUCCUUUCACAUUGAUGACGUCUUUCUUGGAAUCGCUGCUAAAGUGAUGGACAUUUCUCCAAAGGAUCACUUGUUCUUCUCGGGAGAAGGAAAAGCUUCUUAUCAUAGUUGUAUCUACAACCAGAUGAUGACCUCACAUGGACACGUCAGCGAUAUUCGUGAAAUGUGGAAGCGUGUAACCGAAGCUGAAGUUGUUAGGGUGUCCUCAGGACUGUUUCGGAGGCUCUACUGCACUGUCAUGAAAGUGAGGCUCCUAUGUGUACCAUUUAUUUCAGAUUCUUACCCAUGUAAGGCAGCUUUUUUUUAACAUGACUAUAAGUAAAAGUAAAAAGUACUUGUUUGUAACAAGUGCACUGAUGUUGUGGUCAAGUUUCUAGAGAAACUGUACUGCACAGGACCAGUCAGUUAAUGGAGGUUGUGGUGGGUUUGGUUUGGGUUGGGCCAAGUAAUUUACUAAAAUUAACAUAAAAUAGUUGUAAAUUAAGAUUAAACGAAAGCACAGGGUUGCAACGUGCAUCAUAUUUAAAUAUUUAUACUCAAAGCCCAUGCAUUUUUGUAGGUACCUAUGUUAGAUUGACUUGCAAUUAAAAUUAAUUUAUCUUUCAUCCAUGAGUUGUUUUGCCUGUGUGUGUGUGUGUGUGUGUGUGUGUGUGUGUGUGUGUGUGUGUGUGUGUGUGUGUGUGUGUGUGUGUGUGUGUGUGUGUGUGUGUGUGUGUCAAUUCCUUUCAAUUAGUCCAUAUGACAUCUAAUAUCUAAUAAAGAUAUUUUAUGGGUUGAGUAUUC